CCUUUACGCAGCCGCUGACGUCAUCCAGCCCCGCCCCCGCUUAGACAUGGACCCGGCUGCUGCUGUGUAACCUGAAGAGAAGGACACCAUGAAUUUCUCCGAAGUGUUGCAAGCUUUCCACCAGCUGUGCAAGUUCUCUCCCAAUGGGAAAUAUGUGGCCUCGUGCGUGCAGUAUCAGACUAGUCAUCCGUGAGUCAGCACCUGACAGAUCCUGCAGCUCUACACCUGCCUGGACCAGAUCCAGCACGUGGAGUGGUCUGCGGGACUCCAUGUUCAUCCUAUGUGCCAUGUACAAGAGGGGGAUUGUACAGCUCCGAAUAACUCUGUGGUCACUUAGUGCAAAAUCUGUGUCCUACAUCAAGUAUCCGAAAGCAUGUCAGAAGGGGAUAGCCUUCACCGGCGAUGGGCGGCACAUGGCUCUGGCAGAAAGACGGGACUGCAAAGAUUAUAUUAGCAUAUUUGUGUGCAAUGACUGGCGCCUUCUAAGGCAUUUUGAGACUGACACCCAGGACUUGACUGGUAUCGACUGGGCUCCAAAUGGCUGCGUGCUGGCUGUAUGGGACACUUGCCUGGAGUACAAAGUAUUACUAUAUUCGUUAGACGGACGCUUGCUGUCAAGUUACUCUGCCUACGAGUGGUCACUGGGGAUCAAAUCAGUCGCCUGGAGUCCCAGCAGCCAGUUUCUGGUUGUCGGAAGCUAUGAUGAGAAGGUUCGAAUCCUCAACCACGUGACAUGGAAACCAAUCAAAGAACUGGCGCAUCCAGCUACUAUCUCCAACCCAAAGACCGUAGUUUACCAAGAAGUGGAUAAAUGCCAAAGUAUUGAACCAAGUCAGCUCACCUUCCCUCCUCCACGAGGGACCCCCAAUAGUUUGUUUACUGUUCACAGUAAAUAUGAGCUUGUAGAGGUGCCGGUGACAUUACGUACCAUUAAACCAGACACUGACCGUGCAAAUCCGGAACUUGGGAUUGGGAUGCUGGCCUUCAGUCCUGAUAAUCGAUACCUGGCCACCAAAAAUGAUAACAUGCCGUGUUGUGUGUGGAUUUGGGACAUUCAGAAGAUGAGGUUGUCAGUGGUGCUGGAGCAGACGUCACCUGUCCGUUCUUUUCAUUGGGACCCAGUCCAGCCAAGACUCGCCAUUUGCACUGGAAAUAGAAAAGUGUAUUUGUGGUCUCCGACCGGCUGCGUCUCUGUCCAGGUCCCCGUGGAAGGUCCUUUCAAUGUGCUGUCACUGGCCUGGCACCCACUGGGAGAAGACUCUUUACUACUCAUGAGUAAGGAUCAUCUCUGCAUUUGUUACUUGGAGACGGAGGAGGAUUCUUGACAUCAGCUGGAAGUUAUCCUAAGAAAACAUAGUGGACUUACUAACCCCCAUGACGUGGUAGCCUCAGACAGAGCAGAGGUGGUUGGAGGUCAUGUACAUAAAUAAGCCCGCCACUGUCUGUCAUGCUCAUUGCUGGACACUGGGCAGCCUCGUCUUAUGUCGUCUUGUUUUCUACGUUCUUCUCUUCUGUAGUAAAGGAUAAUAUCUAUUUGCAGCUGCUGACGAGGCAGCCCAUUGACAGGGACUGACGGUAGACAUUCUAGGUCUGGUAGUACAUGUUUUACACUGGCGCCCACUCCAGAGCACUCAGCCUUGUGUGUUAAUAGAUUGUACAUUGUGAUGUAUAUACAUGUAGAGAUGUAAUUUAUACCGAUCAAUAAAUGCUUUAUUUUUACCUGUA